AUGUCACAAUUUAACGAGGACGUCGAAAAACAAAUAGGGGACGACCAGGUGGGAUCGUCCCACUCCCAACCAACAGCAGUUCAGGAGGAAGGCCUUCAGUCGGUGGUGCACUCCGAAGAUGGCAAGUACCUUUGGCUGGGCGGUCACAAGUAUCUGAAAAGCGAACUUCUGAAUGCGUUCGGUGGUACUUUGCAACCGGGAUACGCUCCUCCAAGUGUUCACAAAUUUGCCAAUCCAGCGCCUCUAGGGCUGUCCGCUUUCGCUCUGACGACGUUUGUUUUGUCAAUGAUAAAUGCCGGAGCUAUGGGAGUGUCAACCCCGAACGUGGUGGUGGGCCUUGCCGCUUUCUACGGAGGUUUAGUCCAGCUUCUUGCAGGAAUGUGGGAGCUGGCCCUGCAGAACACGUUCGGUGCAAUGGCAUUAUCGUCGUACGGUGGAUUCUGGAUGAGCUACGCGGCCAUCUUUAUCCCGUUCUUCCAUAUUACUGACUCGUACGAUGAUGAAACGGAACUGAGCAACGCGCUCGGCUUCUACCUACUGGGCUGGACCAUAUUCACCUUUAUUUUAAUGCUCUGCACCAUGAAGUCCACCAUCGCAUUUUUCUCGCUCUUUGCGUUCCUGGACCUCACUUUCCUGUUGCUCGCUGUCGGCCAUCUGGCUCCGUCCUCCGGAUGUAUCACUGCAGGGGGUGUGUUUGGAGUUAUCACCGCUUUUAUCGCAUGGUACAACGCCGCAGCCGGUGUAUUUGACGAGGGAAACUCCUACGUGACUAUCAAGCCUAUUUACCUGCCUAAGUUCGGCAAGAAGUCCAACUGA